AUGCCUCUGCAGGCGGCGAACGCGAGCGCGUUGGAGGCGGCGGGCUGCGCGCAGCCGGGGAACCUCAGUCUGGAAGUUGGCGACUAUAAUGUGAGCUGCAUGAACGGCUCCGAGCUCCGCAGACCGGGCAGAGGAGUGAAAGAGAUGGACUCGUUCCGCAUAGUGCUCUACAUCCUCAUCUUCCUGCUCAGCGUCUUCGGCAACCUGCUCAUCAUCGUGGUCCUGGUGCUGAACAAGCGCAUGCGGACCGUCACCAACUCCUUCCUGCUGUCGCUGGCGGUCAGCGACGUCAUGAUGGCCAUCUUCUGCAUGCCCUUCACGCUCAUCCCCAACAUCCUGGAGGACUUCAUCUUCGGGGCCGCCAUGUGCAAGGCCAUCUCCUAUUUCAUGGGGAUCUCCGUCAGCAUCUCCACCUUCAGCCUCAUGGCCAUCGCCAUCGAGAGAUACAGCGCCAUCUGUAACCCGCUGAAGUCCCGCUCCUGGCAGACCCAGUCCCACGCCUACCGCGUCAUCGCCGCCACCUGGGUGGUGGCGCUGCUGAUGAUGGUGCCCUACCCGGUGUUCAGCGUCAUCAGGACGUUCCCAAAGUCUAACGGUACCGUUGGCCACAUGUGCCGCCUGGACUGGCCCAGAAGGGAAGCAGAGCAGACCUGGUAUGUGCUGCUGCUGUUCACUUUAUUCUUCGUCCCGGGAGUGGUGAUGAUGGUAGCCUACGGUAUGAUCUCCAGAGAGCUCUUCCGAGGCAUGCAGUUUGAGGGGGCCCAGAGCAAAGAGACCACCGGCCAGAAGAAUGGCGGGGGAAAGGCCGCCCCGGUAUCCAAUGACGAGGACGACGGUUGCUACGUCCAGGUGUCCAAAAAGCCCUCCUCCGCCGUGGAGCUCCCCACCCUCUCGGCGGCGUCUGGUGCCGCCCAGGCCAAGAAGGACAAGAAGGCCCGCGCCAACACCCCGGACGCCAAGCUGCAGGCCAAGAAGCGGGUCAUCCGCAUGCUGAUGGUGAUCGUGGCGCUCUUCUUCAUCUGCUGGAUGCCCCUGUACUCAGCCAACACCUGGAAGGCCUUCGACCUGAGGUCCGCCUCCAGAGCCCUCUCGGGAGCACCCAUCUCCUUCAUUCACCUGCUGUCCUACUCCUCGGCCUGCGUCAACCCCAUCAUUUACUGCUUCAUGAACAUGCGCUUCCGCCAGGCCCUGCUGUCCACCUUCGCCUGCUGCUGCAGCAACCGGCUCGGCCGCUGGUUGUGCAGGAGGAAGGAGGGUGGCGAAGAUGGCGUCAACGCCACUUCCAUGGCCACGUCGAUGGCCACCUCCGUGUCCAAAGUCAGCUACACCACCGUCAGCACCACCGGCAACUGCUGA